CUGUGAUAGGUGCUGCAGUGCUGUCUCUGGUUACUAAGUUCACAGUCAUUUCCUAGAAGUUAACCAAAUGUGCUUUCCUGCAAAUCAGCAAGAUAAAGGGUGACAUGACUAUGUUCUUUCAAUGAAUCUGCUAAGACGCCUUCUGCAACAGCUCAGACGGGAAGUGGUGAUCUCUGUGCUGCUGUUUGCGGAAGUCAGCUGCAGGUGCAGGCUGCCAGAAGUUCACACCAGAUGAAGUUUUCACAGUGUCAUGCUGCAGCCAUAGAUGAAGACGAUCAUGAAGGCCAGAGUUUGUACAAGAAAGGAGUACGUUGCCAUUUUUCUCUUUCUGGCUGUCUUUGCCUUCAUCUUUCUGCUACGUAACACGGACAAUCUGAAGUCUCAGACUAAAGUGAAGUCCACCACCAUCGUCCCAAAAGUUUCCACUGAGCCUGACAUGCAUCACAGCUUCUGCACCUUCCAGCCACGAUCCCCUGAGGAUGCACUGGAGGAACGCCGUCUACUAGACUCCAUUGCUUGGCCUGAAGCUCCGCCUCUCUCAGAUCCUCUUUCCCUGAAUCAGACCAGUGAUCCAGCUCACAGCACCUUCACCAUUCUCCCAGGGAGGACAGGAGGACAGUGGCAUGUCGGCGAUCAGCUGGAGAUUAUUAUCAAAAUGUCUGAUUUCCAGGGCCGUCCCAAGAAGUCUGGGGGAGACUUCUUACUCGUCCAGCUGCACAAUCAGAAGCUUGGUGCAGGUGUGGUUGGGCAGGUGGUGGAUCAUCUCAAUGGCAGCUACUCUGCUGUUUUCUCUUUGCUCUGGGAAGGAGACGCACAGGUUGAGGUGAUGCUGGUUCACCCUCGUGAGGCUAUUCCAGUGCUGAACAGGCUGAACAGUGAACAGCCUGACAGGAUUUUCUUUCAGAGUGUCUUCCGCUUAGGCUACCGCUCUGAAACUGCCACCUGUAACGUGUGGCUACGUCAAACCAAUCGGCCGCUGUGCAACUACACUGACCUCCGGACAGGCGAACCUUGGUUCUGCUACAAGCCAAAGAUGUUGAGUUGUGGUGCCAGGAUCAGCCAUGUGAUGGGAGGAUUUGAAAAGAAAAUCAAGGCCUAUGAGGAGAAGCUCUUUGAAAGUGCUGUCAACAUGAAAGUCUCCCUUUGGGCUUCAGGACCUUCCAAUAUCACUGUAUUGCCAAAAAAGGAAGGUCAAUCAGAUGUGAAGAGCAGCAUUGUGACAUCUGGACCCUCUGGCUAUUACUACCAGGGUGUGUGGCGAGCACUAGGUGGCACCACAGUUCACCAGUUCAACGACUCCUCUGUUAUCAGUCAGUGUCUGAAAGGCAAAGUGGUCCACAUGUAUGGAGACUCCACCAUCAGGCAGUUGUUUGAAUACCUCAACGCAACACUACCAGAUCUUAAGAAGUUUAACCUGCACAGCCCAAAGCAAGUUGGACCUUUCAUGGCUUUAGACUAUGCAAACAACAUCUUGGUGACGUAUCGAUGUCAUGGUCCUCCGAUACGAUUUGCUGAAGUCCAAACCAGUCAGCUUCGUUAUAUUGCCAAUGAACUGGAUGGUGUAACUGGAGGCACCAACACUGUCAUCGUUCUUGGCAUCUGGUCUCACUUCAGCACUUUCCCCAUGGAGAUCUACAUCCGGCGGCUGCAGACCAUCCGCAGGGCGGUGGUGCGGCUGCUGGACAGGUCUCCAGGUACGCUGGUCAUCAUCCGGACAGCGAACCCCAAAGCUUUGGGUCUUUAUGAGACGUUAACCAACAGUGACUGGUACUCACUGCAGCGUGAUAAGGUGCUCAGAGCCAUGUUCAAAGGACUGAAUGUUCAUCUGCUCGAUGCCUGGGAGAUGGUCCUGGCCCACCACCUACCUCACAGCCUCCACCCACAACCUCCCAUUAUUAAGAAUAUGAUUGACGUUCUCUUGUCCAACGUGUGCCCUCAAAAAAGGGGUCAAGGGUUUGGGUUUGCUGGGGGAGAGGAGUGGAGAUUCAAGAACUCACUGAGUUUGUAGAACAAGUGCUUCAUCUCUGCUUCAGCAGUCCACUCACAGAUUACACUAUUGAAAUGUUACUAAUCUAUCUUUAAUCAGGGAAUGUUGACAGAAAACAAAAUAGAGAACUGCAUGAAAAGAAGCUCCGGGUGAUGUUGGUUCUGGGUAUGUGGGUAUAUAUCGCUGGAUGAUCACACUUUACAACCUUAUUACUUCUACCGUGUUUUAUGAUUGUCAAGCAGCAUUCUGGGAGAUGCAGGAAAUCAAUAUGGAACCAAGGAAACAGCUAGCCUAAAAAAGUAACAGAAUCUGCCUACCAGUACCUAUAACACUUACAUGGUAGAUCUUGUUGUCUUUGGGAAGGUCUUUCCUUUUCUUAACAAAAUGUUAUUUCAUGAAUAUCACAAGAUAUGAAUGGAUGGUAGGAAAAGAGUUAUGCUUUUGGAUGUAGGUUAGUGUAAAGUGGGGACUUUUUUGUAUUUGUUUAUAUACUGUCAGGUGUAAGUUGCAAAUAUCACAUUCUCUCUAAAGGUCAUUUUUUAGUAUUAUUUUGAGUAUGAUAAAAUAUAAUUGAUUUAAUUUUAAGUAUUCUUUUUAUCCCAGGGACUUUUCUAGCCUAUAUAUAUUUCAAGUCAGUUACAGAGUAUAAAACAAAAGUUAUAUGGAAGUCCUGAAACUGUGAGAAUGGAACUAAACAGAGGUGAUAAUUCAGUAGUUGCAGCAGAGAAGAGCAGAGGAGAAACUGCUGCUGUGUGUGCGGCCUCAAGAGUACAGAGUUCCUUGAAGCUCAUAUUGUAAAAGAUACAUGUUCUGAUGUUUCUUUUAUUCUGCCUGAGUGUCAGUGGGUGUUAGGAGUCGCACUCGGGUGUGGUCAGCAUCUAGUGACAAGUACAAAAAAUGCACAAAAAUGAAUUAAAGUGGGUCACGUCAUUAUGGUUUAUGGUCAGCACUAUGGUACCUCAGCGCAGUUUAAAAAAAGAUAUCUUAAUUAACCAGUUAUUCAAUGCAAGACAAGAACACUAAAAAUCAUCCGUAUCAAACACAUCUAUGACGUUGUGUGAUCCAGGUGCUUGCUCUCUCUGCUGUUUGUGACAAUAAUCCCUGGUGGUCUUUAAAAAACAAAAAAAGGUGUACAAAUUUUUUUUUUAAAUCAUGCCUUCUCUGUUUUUCUAUAAUAUGCACGUUUGUGGCUGUUCUCUGCAUGGAUGUUUUAUUCUGCUGUUAAUUCUAUGACAAGUGGCAGGCUAGUUACUCACUGUAGCUUGAUAAAGCUUGUUGCAGCUGCUGCAGCUUCCAUAGACUUUUAAUAUUAACUAUUAUCAGUUUUUUUUGUGAGUUCUGUUUGUUUUUUGGUCAGUUUGUGUAAGGCUACUGCAUUGUAAAUUUCCCAUUUGCUUAUAUGUCUUGUUAUUCGAUUAUUGUUAACCUUGCUGUGUGGUGUAUAAAACACCUGCAGGUGUAUCAAAUAAUCAGUUGUGCACACAGGCUGCACAGUGGGGUCUGUUAAAACUGAUUUUACCAUGAUGGAUAAGAUGUUGUUUCACUCAUCUACUGUAUAUUUAAUGUUGCUUCCAACCAAGUCAUUUGAUUGGUCUAGAAGCAGUCCAUAAGUGCUGAUGUAGAGGAUAAAAUCACUGGGACUUAGUGCAAACACUGUAAGGCAAAUAUCAUUGGCUAUGAGCUGCUUUCUGACUUGGCUAAAAUAAAUGGUAAAUGCACUGCACUUAUAUAGCUCUUUUAUCCAAAGCGCUUUACACUACAGACUGCGCUCAUUCAUCCGUUCACACACACAUUCAUACUGGUGGCCGAGGCGUUCUGGCGUUCUGGUUCUUGUUCUGGUGUUCCAUCAAUACUGAUGGAGUACUGUGUCAUGAACCUGCUCAUAGAUCAUGACAAAACAAGGGAGACCACACAUGUAUUCAAGUUAAAAGAAAAUAAUGUUUACUUAAUUAAUUGAAAACAACUGUUAGAAAAAUAGCUUCAGGAAACCUUGAAAAUUGAAUAAUCUACCAACCGAAAAUCCUCACCUAUUUUCUCUGCGCACAAAUGACAAAAAUAAAUGAACGACGUGUAAUAAUUGUUUCUACUUCUCCGCCCUCUGUUGUGAGAAGGGAGAUCUGCGUGUUGUGAAACAGGAACACAGGCAGAGUGGCAGCGUGGAUCAAUAAACGUAUGCCGUUAAUAAGUUCAUAUUCAGCGGGUUAUUUGUGUUGAUUCAAACAGCUGUGUAAGCAGAAAAUGUAUUCUGAGGUAGGCUUCUUAAAUUCUACUUCACACACAUAUAUAUAUGUGUGUGUGUGUGUGUGUGUGUGUGCGUGCAUAUAUAUCAUAAUAAAAUGAAACCACAGUAAACACAGUUAACAGAGGAUUGUGUCAAAAUAAACAAAAUGUUUCCACCACUGUUAGGUCAGUGUCAGUCUUGGCUAUUUGUAAUGCAAAAGGGCUGUCUUCUCCAGAAUUAUAUGUAUUAAGAGGAAUUGCAUUUGCGAAAGGCUCAAUCAUUUGUGCCAAUCAUCACAUCAGUAUACUGUUAAAGGAGGAACUGUUACAGGAAGUUGUCCAGUUGGUUGGCAGUUGCAAUAAACCAGUACAUUUUUUAUAACCACAGAACUUGAACCUUAAAGUAGCAUGACUUUUGCUUUCUUCCCUCUGCUCUUUGGAUCGUUUUUUGCACAAGCCAGUCUUCUGGAUAAUUUCUUUCUCUAAAUUUAGAGAACAUCUAUCUUUUUGUAUUCUUCUGGAUCAUAUUCUUCAGUCUGGUGAGUUGACUUACAGGAAGACUUUUUGAUGGGGAUGGGAUGAAAGCGUUGGGCAUGAUGACGUGUACUCUGAUCGGUUGGUUUAGUGUAAAGGGAACAAGAGAGGACGGCAUAUGUGUGUUGAAAAAAUCUAUUUGCUCAAGGCAUUGUAUGUCGUUAAAGGUCCCCUAUUGUGAAAAAUGUGGUCUGUUGGCCCACCUACGGGCCAUUUUAAUUUGCCACUCGUUGGUGCGUAGACUCCGGGGAAUUAGCAUACAUUGGUGAAUAAUUACUCCCAGAGCCGUCAAUCAAGGCUUUGACUGCUCCCACCUGCCACCUGUCAGUCCGUCUCAGACGUCAUUGCGACUUCAGUAGCAUCUGCCAUUAGUGAUGGCUGAUCGAGGCUUUGUUGAAGCUUCGACACUUUUUUACAAAACAUGGUUCAUUACUCGAAGCUUCAAUGACACACAGUGCUCCAGUAGAACAUCUAGUGGUAAAUAAAAUGAAGUGCAAUCGAGACGUGUCAUUGAUUGGUUCAUGGAUUUGUUUUCAACUACACUAGUUGACUGUAUGUUUCGAGUCGAUAUAACAACAAUGUUGCUAAUAGUGGGGAAUCCUGACGGCUCACACUGUAAGGCAGAGUCCUUGCUGCGGCGGACCCGGGUUUGAAUCCAGCCUGAGGUCCUUUUGCCGCAUGUCCUCCCCUCUGUCUCCCCCUUUCUAUCUAUUACUGCAUGAAAAAUGCCAAAAAAAAUUAAGCUUAAAAAAAUCAAAUAAAUA